AUGGAAACUCAAGGCGGAGAGGUGGUGGUGGUGGCUGCCGCGGCCGCCGCGGCGGAGGCGGGGGCGGGGGCGGGGGCGGGGGCGGUGACCAUCGUGAUCUCGCAGCCGGAGGAGGCGGCCGAGCCGAAGGGCGCCGCGGCGGCGUCCCCGCCCCCCGUGGUGGCCGGGGCGAAGGUCGCGGCGGCCGCGGUGAAGGAGGCGGAGCUGGCGAGGACGGACAGCUUCGACGAGCAAUGCAGGGUAUGUCAACAGAAGACAGAAGAACCUUUGGUAGACCUUGGGUGCAGAUGUCGAGGUGAUCUUUCAAAGGCUCACCGCACGUGUAUUAGUGUUUGGUUUCGUACUAGAGGUUCAAACAAGUGUGAAAUCUGCCAGCAGGUUGCUGUCAAUAUUCCCCCUCCAGAGACGCAAGCUAGUACAAGUUAUUGGGUUUGGAGGGUUGAUUCAGCUUAUGGAAGGGGCCGAGGAGGACAUGAAAGGGGAUGGUUUAGCCCUCUGUGGGUUGCAUUUGCAAUUCUUAUUGGCGGACUCUUGUUGGAUGUUCUGAUAUCUGUUUCUCUUGGCGUCUCCGCACUUCCUGUGAACAUAAUAAUUGGUGUUCUUAUAGUUCUCGGCCUCGGCACCGCCCUGCGGCUAGCUCUAGAGUGCUGCCAGGAAUGGGGCUCCAGGAGAAGCAUGCCGAGGCUGCCGAUGGACGGCAGCAUGGCGCCCAGUGGAUACCACCCUGGUGUAUAAUAGUGAGAACUAGGCGUGUAAAUAGCCAUAGGACACGAAACAAACUCUGUGUUGUUGGUGAUUGUAUUCUCUCCUUGUGGUAGCUAGUAGUUCACAUGUUUCUCCUCCCUUGGAGGGAGACGAGCUCAAAUCCAAAGCUUCUUGUUGUUGAGUGAUGACCACGAUAUCGAAUCGUACACCGGUGUAAAUAUUCAGCGCGGAAUGCUCACUUUUUCACUAGUUCGUGUUCAUCCACAA